UUCUUCGCGUUUUUUGUUUAAAUAAUGAAUACUCUUUCUGUAUAUUUUUUACACGAACCGAUUCUGUGGUUAAUUAACACUAUCAAUCAAUUCCCUUCGAUUUUUUUUAAUUACCCUAAUCGAGUGCACAAUUUUGCACCAAUCCCUCUUUGAUGUAAACAACAGUAGAAUCUUUCCCGCUUUUAACAAAUCUUCCUUCGAUCUUAUUUUCCCAUCGCUCCGAGUUUAUAAAUAAAAUCAGGUUUGUUUGAUCGAAAAAGUGUGUCGAAAUGUUCGAAUUAUUAUCUGAGUUAAUUAAAAAGUAAAAAUAAUUAAAUUAAUAAUAAUUUAUUCAAAGAUUUAUACAUUAUUUAUUAAAUAGAAAUGUUUGUACUAGAAAUAGUGUUUCUGGGAAUUGUGAGAGUUGAAAAAAUGUGAGGACCUAUUCAGUGAAAGAUGAAAAGCGUUGGAUCCGUUUACAAAUUUUAUGGGGCAGUGGUGGAACGAACUGCUUCAAAAUCGAGUGCAUGUGAAAAGAUGGAGCGUAAUAAAGUUCCCUAAAGAUGUUCAGGUGUUGAGAAGGCACUCGGGAGUUAUCAUUCAACAGGAAGGCUGUGAUUAGAAAAAAAAUGACGGUGUCAUACCAAUAUGAAGUCGCUAGUUCGACUAGUGGAGGUUUCACCAGGCUGCUGUUUAUGUGGCGAGGUUCCUUGUAUAAGCUUAUUUACAGGGAACUUCUUCUCUUCCUAGUUCUCUUCGCUGCAGUUUCUGCUAUUUAUCGACACGUCUUGAAUGCGUCACAGAGAAGCGUAUUCGAGCAAGUAGUCGUGUACUGUGAUACCUUCAUAAGCCUAAUACCUCUGAGUUUUGUGCUAGGAUUUUAUGUCGCUCAUGUCGCAGCUCGAUGGUGGGAACAAUAUAUAGCUAUUCCAUGGCCAGAUAAAGUGAUGCACUUAGUGGCUUUGUACAUAACCGGAAACGAUGAAUACGGACGAAUGCUUCGAAGAGCUCUUAUGCGUUAUCUCAACCUCUCGCUGAUUUUGGUUUUGAGAUCUAUCAGUUCUGCUGUGAAGAGAAGAUUUCCUACUCUAGAUCACGUUGUCGAUUCAGGUUUUAUGACUUCAUUGGAAUUGGAACUGUUCCAAUCGGUACCAAAUCUGGAAUUUAAUACAUAUUGGAUUCCAUGCACCUGGUUUAUAAACUUAUUGAAGGAAGCUCGACGCAGUCAUAGAUUGCCAGAUGCACAAGGAUUGAAGAUUAUAAUGGAGGAGUUCAACGAAUUUCGCUCGAAAUGUGGACUUCUUUGGAGUUAUGACUGGGUCUCAAUUCCUUUAGUUUAUACACAAGUGGUUACUCUUGCAACCUAUAGUUUUUUUGCAGUUGCACUCGUUGGACGUCAAUAUAUCGAAGGUGCUAAGAAACCUCUUCAAAUGCAAAUUGAUGUUUACAUACCAAUUUUCACCAUUUUACAAUUCUUCUUCUUCAUGGGUUUACUCAAGGUAGCCGAGCAGUUAAUCAAUCCUUUUGGAGACGACGAUGAAGAUUUUGAAUUAAACUGGCUGAUAGAUCGCCAUACAAAGGUAUCAUAUCUUGGUGUGGAUACUUUAAUGAAUCGAUGUCCUCCACUUGUUAAAGACAUUUAUUUUGAUUCUGAGGAUCUCACACUGCCUUAUACUGAAGCUGCAGCAGCUUAUAAGAAAAAGACAUAUCGCGGAAGUGUGGCAAAUAUGACGGUACCUGAAAAUAAGCAGACUAUGUUUUUACCAGACAUAGUUGAAGAAGAUGAUAAUAACAGUCGUAUAACUGCAACACCCCGCACAUCAAAUGCCAGUUUAAAUAAUCAUUUCAAUGAUAGUCCAGAAAACGAAAGGCGCCAGAUCAGUGGUUCCCCUGCAGACAGUCCGAAAGUGGUUCGAAAAGUUUCUGAAACGAUUGUUCCACUGGAUAUUCAGGAAACGAUCCUCGAUUCUUCAACAGAAAGGCGAAGAACCACCACUUUAAUGGAAGCAAUGAAAAAAUUCUCAAGAACAAAGUUAUCAACACCUCGUCUCGAUCAAAUGCGGAAACCAUUUCUUGCUCUCACUAAAUCAUCAAAAGUGAACAUCGAGCCUUGGCCAAGUGCCACAAACCUUGUACAUCUUCCAGAUCGUCAAAAGGCAGAUGCACAUUUCAAAAAAUCUGAAAGGGAUUCAACUGUCAGAAGAGCAGCAUCUUUUAACAUACCAGUCAUAGAUAUUCGACGAGCAUCUGAUGUUCUAGGAGAUGAAGUUGACGAUGAUAAUGAUGAUGAUGAUGAUGAUGAUGAUGGUGCUGGUGAUGAUUUAUCACUUCAGCAAGGAAUCAUCAAUUCUGCUUUUUCUCAAGAAAGAAUUUCUGAUUCGGCACCAUCUGGAAGAGUUUGCAAUUGUAAUUAUGUUCAUUCUCGGGAUGUGCAUUCCGAUCUGUGUCCAUUUAAGUGUCGCCAUGAAAAAAUUUGUCAACUUUUGGAAAGUGAAAUUCCAUCUGGCGUGACAUAUCCUGAUUUUCCUAGGAGAAGACUUCAUAGUUAUCCUAAAUUAUCAACUCAUGGAAAGAAAUCUUCGGAAAGUGGAAGAUGGAAAAAAGGAGUUCGUUGGAAACCGAGUGGAAAUAAAAGUGAGGGGAAAAAGAACUCUAGAAGAAGAACUGUAGAUAGUGUCCCUUCUGUAGAAAAGCUUGUCGCUGUAUCAAAAGAUACAUUGAAUUUGAGUAAUUCGGAUAAUAAUUUAGCUUCAUCUGGUUUUAAAAAUAGUGGUUGUGCUCCUCGGAGAGAGGAAAGCAAUGGUGAGGAAUCGCCUAGUGAGCAACAAUCUAAUACCAAGUUGUAGAUUUUUAAUAAAUUUAGGGUUUUGUAGCCCCGACCAGAAACCCUGAUAGUUUCGGUCGAGGGUCCGUUCGCCGCAAAAGGGUAAGUAGGAAAGGGGAGGGGUGAAGGGGUGGCGUGGAGUGUAGGAAGCAGAAGUAAUGGGUGAUCUUAGUGAUGAGAAGCAUGAGGAGGGAAAGGGGAUAAAGGAAGAGUACACUGAGGAGGGGAAAUAGGAGUUCGAAGAGGAACUUGGGAUUAGAAACUAUGGAGAGGUAAUAAAGUACAUUAGGGGGUGAAAGAAGUAGAAGAAGAGAGGAAAGCAUGGGAAUGGGAAGAAGGAAUACAGAGGAUCAGGAAUGGAAAAUGGUCAAUAAGGGGGAUAGACGAAGUAGCGAAAGUAUAAAGCAGAAGAAUAGUAGUAAAGAGGCGGGUUCUGUAUGAGAAACAGGCAACAGGUGGAGAGAGGAAGUAGGUGAGGGGAUGAUAAAAUACGAUAGGAUUGAAUAUAUCGGAUAGAGGAGGAUAGGAGAGUUAAACUGUGAAAGGUUGGUGGGGAAUAUAGAAAAGGUUAGUGAUGGCUGGGUUUAGUGAUAAGAAGUAUGAUCAGGGAAGGCAGAUAAAUGAAGAGUACAGUGAGGAGGGGAAAUAGUAGUACGAAGGGGAAGUUGGGAUGAGGAAGUAUUAAGAGAAAGUUAAGUAUAUAAUGGGAUGAGAUAAGAAAAAGAGAGGGAAGUGUGCGGAUAGAAAGGGGGAGUAGGGAGGAUUAGGAGUGAAUAAUGAUGAAUGUGGGGUGGAGAAGAAGAUGAGGUAGUAUGAAGAAGGGGAAUAGAAGUAUAGAAGAGGGUACUGUAGGAGAAAUAGGCGACAGGUGAAGAGAAGAAGUAGGUGAGGGGAUGAUAAAAUAAUAUAGAAUUGGAUAAAUCGGAUAGGAUAGGGUAGGAUAGGGGAGUAAAGAAGUAUGGAGAGGGAAUUAAGUAUAUUAGGGGAUGAGAGAAUUAGGAAAGGGAAGUGUGAUGGUGGAAAGGAGGCAUGCAGGGGAUUAGAAAUGAAAAAUUAUGAUUGCGGGGAAUAGAAGAAGUGGCGGGACUAUAGAGAAGGGGAAUAGUAGCAAGGAGGAGGAUAGUGUAGAAGAAAUAGAAAAUAGGUGGAGAGGGAAAGUAGGUGAGAGGAUGGUAAAACAAGAUAGAAUUGGAUAUAUCGGAUAGGGGUAGAUAGAAGGACAGAAUAGCGCUUUUUUGUAAGCGCAUGACAAGCGUCUACUGAAAUAAUUUUUGAGAACAACUUUUCUUUUAUUAUUUCAGAUGAGCAGGGUGGCGGAAAACUUCCAUUUUCAAAAUUCCUCAAUUUUUCCCGAACUUUUUUUCACUUGCCCUAACCAUUCAUAUUUAAAGAGCAAAAUUGUUAU